AUGGCGUCUCGAAGUCUCCAUCCAUUGCCUGCGCCUCUUUCCGAGCUGCCAAAAUACAUCGCUCAGCACCCGGGACAGCACAUUGGCGACAUCAUUGAUCCGUAUCGUCGCUAUGAGGCGCAAUUGCGGACUCUUUACGCCCAGAGCCCCGAGGAUCCUCUCCUCAAAGACCCCUACCUCAAUGCGCUGCCGCUCUUUGCCGAUGGAAAUGGCGUCCCAGUCGCAACCCGGGCCAGAGACUUGGCUUCUGAAUCGGAAGAGGAGAAGGCAAAGUACAUCAUGCCUCUUCCAGACGAGAAACGGCGGCCGCACGGCUCUCCUGCUACAGUGGCCGACAUGGCAGAAUUCCAAAACAGCUUCAACAUCUUCUCAGAACUCUCGCUUUCAGACAUGAACUGGGACAACGUGGUCGCGGCAGGGUCGUCUGUCGUCAACUGUCUUCUGCCUGUGCCAGAGCCUUUCAAGCAGACAAAGCGAACUCUGCGAGAGUAUUACCAUGAGAAGUUCUGCCCGGCCUCGGAUGUCGACUUGUUCCUUUACGGCCUGAGCCAUGACCAGGCUAUUGAGAAGAUCAAGCAAAUUGAACGCGCUAUCAAGGAUGCUCUCUUGUACGAAGUCACCGUCGUACGGACGAAAUAUGCGAUAACUAUCGCCAGCCAAUAUCCAGUCCGCCACAUACAGAUUGUUUUGCGAGUCUACAAGAGUCUCAGUGAGAUCCUGACUGGCUUUGACAUUGAUGCCGCGGGGGGCGCGUAUGACGGAAGACAAGUCUAUGUCACUCCUCGAGCUCUUGCUAGCUUCAUUACGCAGGUUAACCAUAUCGACCUCACGCGACGCAGUCCUUCCUACGAAAACCGUUUGUCCAAGUACUCACAUCGCAAUUUCGAGAUUUACUGGCCUGAUCUAGACCGUUCGCGUGUUGACCCCACAAUCUUUGAGAGGAAUUUUAAGAGAACCCUUGGUCUUGCUCGCCUUCUGGUUCUCGAGCGGUUGCCCACAAGGUCAUCGAGGGAUGAGUAUUUAGACAGAAGGCGCGAGGAGCGAGGAAGACCAGCCAUCAACCGCGGAUACAUCUUCCAAAUGGGAGGAAACAUCAAGGACGAUCAUGAAGACGAGGUCGCAGAGUGGGAUUACGAGCAAGAAGCUAGUAGCUAUACCACCUUCACGGUACCUUACGGGAAAAGGUAUACUGCUAAACGCAUAGAGAAGCUUUGCUACACUCGCGACCUGCUGCUCAAUGCCGAGUGGAAUCAAAAGAAGGACGACCGCCGCAAGGUUCACCUCCAUCGGCAUCCCGCCUUCUUUGGUCGAGUGAAGGAUGUGGUUGAGGAUUGCUGCGGUUCCUGCCCUAGACCAACCACUGAUGAGGAGAUCGAGGUUGCGGACAAGGAAUCGAAACGAUAUGUCUCUGGCAAGAUGGAUUUCAUUGUUGAUGAUCCCGGAAGACAGGAGAUUGGAUCAUUCAAUCCAUUAACGGAACAAGACUGGACUGAUAUGGCCUAUGUCGGAAACACAGCCCGCCUCUGCCAAUCGAUCGUUGAUGGCGAUCUCGAUGAGGUCAAGGACUGGUUGUCUCAAGAUGGAGUGGGCGUUAACCAGAGGGAUCAUACAGGCCGCACACCACUUCAGCUAGCUGUUGUUUCAUCCACGCCAGAGAUUGUGCAGUGCCUGGUUGACAGCGGCGCCCGCAUGAUUUCUCGGCUCGCCGACGGUAGGACCGCACUACAUCUGGCGGCUUCUCGUGGCAGUUUGGAAAUCAUAAAAAUCCUCAUGGAGAAGAGUCUUCAAAAUGAACGAGCAGAAGAAGAGAGGAAGGAUAAGCAAGCCGCAACUAGAAAGAACGGCACGCCCAUGGCCAAAGACGCUGCCGAGUCUGAUAUCGAACUAGUUGAUGAGCCGAGCAGCGAUGAUGAUGAGUCUAUGGCGACUGCAUCCUUCGUCAAGAUCCGAAAUGACGAGGAUGAACACAAAGAUUUGGACGGGUCUGCGGAAGACCCGGACAUUUUUAACAUCGAUGUGCUGGCGUGGGAUGUUCCUUGCUCCCCGCUGCAUCUGGCCAUCGUUGCUGGACACGAGGAAGCGGUUAAGAUGCUCUGCGACUAUAAUGCAGAUUCUAUUCUGCCAGUGAAAUUCUUCGAUCGCUACAAUAAUGAGCAGGGCACCGCGCUCCUGACCUUGACACUGGCGUUGACGCUUCCUUCAGCGAAGGCCAAGUCUAUGGCUCAGCUGCUCUGUACCUUGGGAGCCACAUCUUCCCAGGCGGAGAGCAAUGGAACGACGGCAUUUCAUCGAUAUGUGGCGAGCGGUCAGAAGGAUAUGGUAGAUACACUGCUAGAAGCGGACCCCUCAGGCGUCAAGAGAGCUAUCAACCACUUUGUCAUCACUGGUCCUAUAUGGAACAAGGUUACUAUUUCGGCGUUGCACUCUGCCAUUGAACAAGGCGACUCAGUUCUUACCCUCAAGCUUUUAAACAUGGGAGCUCAGCCCACCAUCAAGUUUGAAACGUGGCUUAAAUCUGCCAAGUUUUCACCAGCAAUGGCGAGCUCUCUCGGCGAUCUGGGGCGAAGUAAAAAUCUCUUCCGAUCAAAAGUCCAUCAACCACUGCUCUGCGCGAUAUACAAUGGCCAGCCAAUUAUUGCGAUGCAACUGUUAGAGUCAGGGGUGAACCCAAACACUCUAACCACCGAAACCGAGGAUUUUCUUAUUCGCGAGCCUAGGCGACCCUAUUCCACGGGCGGCAGUGCACUAGAUGUCGUGGACACUCUUCUUGAUCAGAUAAAUCAAAAAUUACAAAUACCAAACUUUUUCAAAAAGCCUAUCGAACCACCUAAGGGCACUAAGAACACGGACGCGUGUCUUAGCAAGUACACCCCAGGAACUUACCAGCAUUGGGUUGUGUCGGAGCAAAUCAAGACACGCAAAUGGCAAUUUCUCAAGAAAAUGGAGGAAUACGAGAAGAAAAUGGCCCAGGCCGCAUCUGAAAAGAACCACACCAAGGAGGAUGGGUUAAGAGAUAUCAAAUUGGCAUACGAGAACCUCAGGGACUUACUGAAAUCCAAGGGAGCUAAGCCCUUUGCCGAGCUUCGCCCUGAUCUGCAAGGCCCAGAAAACGACCUAGGGUACAGACCAACAAAAUGGUAUAGCCCCCCAGAAGAAGAGGAGAAGGAUUUCGAUUGGGAAUUUUGCUUUUAUGGCGACCAGGACAUUACGGACGCGAGGAAGGCAGGCUACCUCAAUUUGAUGGAGGCCGCGUGGGCCGGCGAUGUCGAACGUAUGAGAGCUCUGACCCUCCACCCCUGGGGCCCCAACGAAGACCAACCCCCGCUCAAGAUGUCCGUAAACGAUGGCCAGCGGAAUAAUGCAUUUUCUCUUGCGUUCCUCCGAGGUCACUAUGAAGCAGCCAAGGUUGUUCUAGAGAUUAUGAAAUCGCAGUGGGCUCCACAGGAACAACCUAAGAUGCAAUAUAAGAUGAGGGAAGAUGGAGAGGACGACGAGGAUGAUGAAAUGGGCGAGGGUGAAACCGGGCUUCAAAUCGUUGGUGAGAAGGCCGAUGGAAAAUCGACAAUCGACGACAUCGGAGUUGCUUCGAUGGUUGUCACCUCCACGACUAAACCGCACUGGAUGAUCUAUUAUCACGUGCCUCGUUUCAUCAUGAUGGAUGGCCAGGCUGAGGGAUUCGAUAAUGGUACUCUUUUCCAGCACUGCUUCAACCACGAUGAUCGCCACGGGAUGCAAUUUCUGAUUGAUCAAGCUCAGUACUGGGUGUCUCAAAACUAUGAUUCCGCAAGAGUUGGUGCUGGCGAUAAGGAGGAUGAAGAGAUGAAAGAACCAGAACAAAAAGGUGAUGAGGAAGACAACGAUGCUGCGGAAGAGGGAGAUCCGCGCGGCGUAUUCCGGUUCCCUGAAGCUGAUCUGAAGUACGGAAUCAGGAAUGGAAAGACUGAGUUACUCGGGCUUGUCAUUGCGCAGACUGGAGCUGGUGUGCCGCUGGAGACUCUCGUCAGGGAACUCGAUUUGAAGGAAAAGAAGAAGCCCAAAUACUACCAAGGACUGACUGUCUACGGGAAGAAAAGAUCGGAUUGGGCCAACGCCGGUCGACAAACGGUGGCUGAAUCAAGAUGCGGAUUGAGUUGCAGCCCAUUGCAGUAUGCUGCCCGUUCCGGAUCGAUCGAAAGUGUCAGGUACUUCCUCAGUGAAAGGCCGUACCAACUCCAUUCGGAUUUUGGAGGCUCAAGUCUUGCGAGCAGAGAUCCGUGUAUUCGGCUUUUGAACAAGGUUCCUGACGGCUACAACCGUGCUGUAUCGAAGUGGCUUAAAAGUGACCGCGACUCCGUCAUGCACGAUGCUAUAGAGUGCUCGGAUCCAGAGAAGUCAGAGAAACUAGUCAAGUUUCUAAUUGAUGUUUGUCCCGAUGUUCUGGAGAAGAGAUCCUCAAACGGUUACACCCCAUUGAUGUCUGCUUGUUGGAAUCGAAAUGCUCAAAUCAUGAAGAUUCUUAUCGAGGCAAACGUGGACCAAUCUGUACGCCUCGACACUGGACACAAUAUCUUGCACGUUGCUCUGGGCAGGGAGCAGGAUGUCGACACCCUGCGCCAGAUUUUUGACCUCAUUGAUCCAACCUUGCGGGCACAUCUCUUCCAACAGCGGAGGAGAUUGACACAUGGUGGUACUGCACCCAUUCAUUCCUGGAUCUCCUUGGUCUGCGGCCAAGGCGGUAAUAGCGAAUAUGAUUAUUCACAGCGCCGAUUUAAGGCCUACCACGGAAAGUGGAAGGACCUUGCCCAGAUUCUUAACCUCCUGCUCGAAUACUCCAACGGCGAAGGACUGGAGCUUCUCAAUGGUGCCGGGGACACUCCUCUCCAUACGGCUAUAAUGUACCGUCAUAUUAUUGUCGCUAGAGUUCUCAUUCAGUUCAAGCCUGAACUUCUCUACCGUGAGAACGCCGUCGGUCGUACACCCGCUGAGAUAGCAUACGACAAUCUAACGGCAUCUCAGCUGGUCAUGCCAAAGACCUUAGAUCUGGGUUAUACGAAUACUUUGAUUACCCACAUCAUACGGCGCAUGGAAACCUCUCAGAAUGGCCGCGCCGAAGAUCUGUACAGCACCAAUGCGGCAGCCAGGCUUAGUGAGGCUGGUCUCAGUGGCGAAUACAAGCCAGAGAUGGUGGAGAAGAUUUUGACAGCCGCGGGUCUGAACGAAAAUGAUAAAGACCUCGACAUUGGCAGUGGUCUUACAGAGAGGAUAAUAUGGGACCUCUGCAGCACUGCCAUGAGGAACCACCCUCAUCCUCGUCGGCUUGUGUCGCUGAACGAGGCAAACGAUGUUGCGCGCAGGCUGAGUGAGGAGCAUGAUAUCCAGAGAUAUUGCAGCGAUCGGCCCAGCAGCGAUGAUGCCAAUCCUGAGUAA